AUGAUGAUGAACCGUUGCAAUACCAAACCAUAUUGUGGAUUACUCCAUUUGAGGAAUUUCUCUCUAUUCUUAUUAUCGCUCUUUGCUGUCUUAACAUGCUUUAAUGUAUGUUUAAACACCGCCGCCGCUGCUGCUGCUGCUAAUGAAGGGAAGGCCGUAGUGGAUCCGUCUGAGCCGUUAAUAAAUGUUCCCUUCCGCAUUACCGCAUCUUUCUUAAAACAGGGACAAAACUUAUAUCUAUCACGUGAUUCCACAUGUGAUACCUCGCAAGUGACAGGAUCCAUAUGUACAUUACCCGCAUCUCGCACCUGUGAUUUUACCAUCAGUGAUGCUAGUGUGGGUAUUAAUGCGCAGUAUGAGUCUGAAGUGCCUUUAUUGUAUCUUUGCUCAAGUGCCUUUUCUUCUUCAGUGCCUAUUCAAACCGUACAAUUAAGUGUAAUUGAUGUGAUGCCUCGCUUUGUAAUGACGGGAUCUGCUUUUCGUGUUACUGUAAAUAAUGCCACACCAUUAGAAACUGUUAUUGGUUUCUUUUAUGAUGAUGAUUGCAAGAACAGUGUGAGUGGAAUGCCACCAGUGGUACUUGGAGCAGAUCGACAAUUAAGUUUAACUGUUUCUACCGGUGAUGUGAUUCGACUGUGUGCUCGAGUUCCAUUAACUGUUCCUGGUCCUAAUGGGGAUUCAUUAUCAUCGUAUUUACCUGCAGCCACACUGCUGGUUGUAAGACCGUUUACAGUAAAUAAAACACAAGUACUUCGCUAUACCAAAGAAGAGUUUCGUUUAUCGCCAUUCAGUCAAAUUCCUGUUGCAAGUUUUUCUCAAUCUUCUCAUUGUAUUCCACUGGGACAGGAUCCAGUAAGUGGAUAUAUGCUACAACAAGUGGUAUUACCUAUACAAGUCCCAAAAGGAAAUUAUUAUCUCUGUACAGGACUUGCAUACUAUAAGGAAAAACGAUUGUAUGUUCCCUCUGACAAUCAAGUGGUAGUAAAGGCAUAUGGAUUACAACCACAUACUAUGUAUACCAGUUUAUCUACAACGAUAACACUGACAUUAGAUGCGAAUACACCUUCUUCUGGAGUUAUGAGCACAGCAUUAUUUUCUUCUCCAGGUUGUGAAAAUGAUAAUGUUAUUCCAUGGAGUAGCACAACAAAAACAUGGACUGUAAGUUCAUCCGGUAUUUAUUACGCAUGUGUGAAGGGAGAUACAUCGUCCGCACCCGCCGCAAUGGCAGCAAAUAUUACAGUGAUGGAUCCACCCAUGGCAUCUCUCUCACGUACUCCCGCAAUUAGAGGUCUUCCUCUCACUGUUACAUUAAGUGGUCGUGUUCUCAGUAAUCCUGGAAUUAUAACGGUGGGAUUAUCAUUAACAUCAACGUGUUCAAAACUUGUGGCUAGUGGAGUAACAACAGCAACUGGUAAUGUUGCUACUUUCCGUGUUCCAGCAGAUGCUCUUGCAAAGAUGACACUUUGUAUUUCAACACCUCUUGCGAGUACAUCUAAUGGGAAUGAUAAUGAUGAUAUGGAUCAAGGAUAUACAUAUGCUCGCAGUACAAUUACAACACAAGAAUAUAAUAUCAGUUAUGGUCCAUUGUUUGCUGGAAUUCCAGGGACCAUAACACUUGAUCCAACCGUUCGUUUUGAUGCUGGUACAACUGGUAUAUUUGCUCUGGGAUCAUGCGAUAAUGCAACAAGUAAAUCCUUUUCAAUGGAUGGAGUAAGUUUAAAUAAUGUUGUGUUUGAAUCGGCUGGUCAAUAUUUAUUAUGUGUUAAUGUGGCUGCAUCAUCAUCAUCAUCAUCAUCUAAGGAAUCCUCAUAUACACCGAUUGGUAAUGUUUUUGUAUAUGGACCAUUAAAUCUCUCUCCAUAUUCUCUUGUUGUGGGUGUAUUGACAAAUGUACAAGUUUCUCUUAUUCCACCCACAGCACCUGUUCGCAUUAUGACUUCUGAUGAUUGCAAUGGUGUGCCUUUGGUUGAAGGAACAGCAAACAAUGCGGGGGAAGUAACACUAAAAGUAUCAUACGAUAAAGAGGUAAAUUUAACAGUUUGUGUGGGAUACCGUGGAAGUAAUGCUCAAGGAGGAUGGAAUGUGAGAUCUGUGGGUAAGUUACCUGUUACACAAGUAACAUUACUUCCUAAAGCUAUUAUCACUUCACAAGUAAAUCGAGUGAACUUUAUUGUACCCGAUAAGAUAUCACUUACGGGUCUUCAGGCAUUUGUGGUAUCUGCAGAAGGGGGAUCUUGUGCAAAUCCACCAUUAUCAUCACCAGAGUCAAAGAUGAGUGUAAUUAUUCCUACUGAUGGACGAGCGUAUAUACUCUUUACACCAUCUACUUCCACUACUACAUGGAUGGUAUGUUUAAGUACUACCAGUACUGUUUUUAAUUCUGUUGGUACGAUUACAGCUGUAUCUCCACUUGAUGUUAUUUCAGGUUCCUCAGAUAAUGCACUUGAUCUCCCUGCUCGAAUUAAAUUAGGUGGAUCAUCAUUAAAAGUACUUAAACCCACUCGUUUCUUUAUUACAGAUAUUCCAAAAUCAUGUGCACGUGCUGAAAGUAAAGCCCCUCCUUUAUACGCAGAAGGAGUGAUGGAUGCCUCUACUGGGGAAGUGAGUGCAUUUCUUAUGAAAAAUGAGGGUAAUUUUACACUUUGUGUGGGUUGGCAAGAUGGAGAAAAUCAGUUUUUUGUAUAUGGUGCCUCUAUUCAAGUAGAGAAGUUUAAAACACUUUCUCGUUAUGCUAUUCGUGAAUCCAAAAAUAAUCUCACAGCCUUUCCAUUACAGGAAGGUGCAACCUUAUUUCUGGUGGCUUGUUCUCCAGCGAGUGUCUGUAAUUCUCCCAUCACAGCAACUGUUUGUAAACAAGCAUCUAAACGGUAUUUUACAAGCCCACUGGUUCCAUUAACAGGAGCUGCCGUGGGACAAUAUGUAUUAUGCCAGGAAGAUGCAAAGGAUGGAAGUAUAGUAGCAGCAGAGAGUUUGAUUGAUGUGGUAAAUCCAUUUAUGGUAACCUUUGCAGAGAAUGAAGUACGUCAGUACAAACCAGUUUCCAUAACUGUAAGUGGUGGGGAUAUGAAUACAAGGAGUGAAUCUAUUAUCAUUUCUACUAUGCCACCUGGUGUGAAUUGUGGAGCAUCUCAUCCAGAUCGUGAAGAGUUUACUUUUACUCCUUCUAAACCUACUGGGAAUAUCACUAUUACAAAGAUAGAACCAUAUAUGGAAGGUGUACAAUUGUGUUUAGGUGUUUCUACAUAUGAUGUACUCUCUGUAGCGGUAUUUAAUCUUCUUUCAUACAUGACACCUGCUACAAUAAUUACAGAUAGAAAGGUGUCAGUACGUUCUGGUAUGUGGGAAACAGGUGUGGUUGUAAAAUUAACUGCUACGAAUGAUUGUACUGGUAAUGUGAUGAAUUCGUCUCCUGUGCUUAUUCAUAAUUAUGUUUCAGAAUUGUUUGUAGAGGGUUGUGCCAGUACAAAUACGGACCUUACAAAGGUAUAUUAUUGUGAAAGUAAAGAUGGGAUGAAUGCAUAUGAACUUCGAGGUAUGAUGCGUUUGAUUCGUUUAAAGAAUUGUACACCAGAUAAACCAUCAGUUAUUACACCUAUUACAGUUCCACCUUCACAAACUAUAAAUGAUUAUGGUAUUGAUACUACACAGCUUAUGAAUCCUGUUCUUUCACGUACAUCGGACUGUUUGCAAUUGGUAACAUUAAAUGAGAAUGCUGGUUAUACACCAAGUUAUGAUGAUACUACACGUUUCUUUGUUUGUGUUAAUGCUAAAGGGGAUCCUGCGUAUUUAUUUACAACCGAUACACCAACAUUAAGUGUUAUAAACCACUUGGCAUUACCAACAUCUAUUCCAAGUCGAUUAAGUGCAUCUGUUGGCGUUGCCAUGAUGACAGUACUCCAAUUAAACUACAAUACAGGAACAAGCAAUACAUAUUUAAGUGAUUCGGCAAAAUGUGAUUCCACCAUCGCGAAAACACCAGAUCUUGGUCGUGAACCACCACGUGCACAGUUAAUUUUAACAGGUGUUUCAGGUAUUAAGUAUGUAUGUGUUGUCAGACGUACAAGUACGAGUACGAGUGAAACCAAACCGGUUUCAAGACUUCUUGUUGUGAAUCCACCACAAGCAACUAAAUUGGAUCCGGCUCUUGUUCGUGGUGCACCUUUUCACGCAACUUUACAAGUUAUUACGAUGGAUGGUCAACCACCUACAUACUCUUUGGUUCCUGGAGCAGAUUCAGGAUAUGCAGUGGCACCAUUUUACACUUCCAGUUUUCGUGGUAUUUACUUAUCAGGGGAUGCAUGCAGAAGUGUAUUAAGUGGAACGGAAGUAAAUUAUGUACUUGGAUCUGGUCGUGUGGCAAUUCCAACAAAUUCUAUUGAUUCUAGUGUGACAUCUUUUUCACUUUGUGCUGGAACUCCAGCUGGAAACUUAACGGUUGAAACAGGAAUUUCACUCUCUACAAAUAUUAUUUUCCCUUCACAAUUUGUAUUGGGGGCAGAUUUGGAAGUUUAUAUUCCACUCUCACCAACGACUGUAUUUCAUUUAAGAAGAAAUAAUGAUUGUAGUGGACCAGAAAUUGUUCCUUCUUUUUCUACAAACGAAGAAGGUCGAGGAAAUUUAUCUUUUAAAUUACCUUCCGGUGCUGGUUUACCUCCAUCUGGUGAAUGGACAUUAUGUGAAGAACAAGCCCCUUCUCAAGUGGUUUCAGAUUUAACAAGGAUGCAUUAUAAAGUAGAGAAAGCAUUGGUGGAUUCUUUACGUCCACUUACCACGAUUCAAGCAUUUGAUCCCGUUUACUUUAAUGUUCGUGGUACUAAUAUCAUUGUUGGAGUUCCAAGUGUUGCCAUGUUACUAGACAGACUCACAGCGGAUAAUUUAUUACCUGGAUUUAGUACUGACAGGAGUUGUGUAAAUCGUGGAGAAACUUAUGGUUCUUGGCAUCUUUUGAAUGGUGCAACACCUACCGACUCUACACGUAUUUCUAUUGAUGCGAAGGAACCUGUAAACCCUAUAUACAUGUGUGCAACGACUCCAAUUAACAACACUGUUGUCUCUCUGCCAACUAAUGGUGGAUUUAACUUUCUUGUUUCUACUGUCUCUCUUCCAUCGAUUGUCCCCCGCUGUGAGCCGCUGCCGCUGGACUCCUGCGCCCUCCCGGGCUCCCCGCCGCCCACCGCCUCUCUCAUUGUUAUCAAGGGCGACUGCUGCAACGUGGCCGACCGCGGGAAUGUCGUUGGACGAGCCACGCAGACCGCCGACGGCCACUGCGCUCUUUCGAUGGACCCCCGCCGCCUCAACGCCUUCCCGCCGUCAACGAACUUCGCCGUUUGUGCGGUGGACACUGCCGAUAUGUCGUACUGCGCCACGUUGGGGCAAGUGCGGGCGGAUGAGAAGAAAUGUUCGGAUGAAGCCAGUUCCACACAAUCCCUCGCCACCGGUACUCGUAUUGCAAUUGGUAUUCUCUCCGCCGUUCUCGCACUGCUUAUUAUUGCUGCCAUUGUAUGGUUGGUGCUACGCUGCAGACGUACAAAGAAGGAUAAUGAAAAGCACGCCAUUGGACCAGCAGCUAUGAACCCGCUGAUGGUGGAAGGUCCACUGAUGCUUAACCUGCGAGGCACAAGCGAAGAUUACCGUACCAUUACUAUUUCACCAUCUACAGAUCGUGCCACCCACUCACUCUCACCUCCAGGGAUAGACAUGCGGUUGUGGGAGGAAGGAGAACAUGAUAUACGCGAUCAACUCGCACUGCAGGAAGCACGUGACCGAUAUCACAUGCGACUCGUAUUUACAGAGGGACUUGAAAGGUUACGAGUUGCCGAGAAGGAGCGUGACUUACUCUUUGAAUUGAGUGGCGAUGAUGAAGGAGAGGAUGAGAGGAAUGGAAACUGUUUCAGCUAUAACAACAAUAAGGAUGACUAUAAUAGCAACAGCGAUUAUAGCUCUCGGGUUGCCCCUAUUGCUGUGGGACGCGUAGCGUCAGCACCACCAGCAGAGGAACUAAAUCACACAUAUUUACCACAUCCACCGGUGGAAAUUCCUAUUAAUGGUACUAGCGGUGCUGCUGUUAGGGCAGUUGCUGGUGUGGUUGUUGAAGAAGGACCCUUAUCUCCCUCACCGGUACCACACAAUCCUCAUGAUGCCUCUUCACCUGGAUCGAGUUUUGGAACAAUAAGUUACACAACCACACAACGCUUUCAUGAUGAAUGUCGGUUUACACUUGAGAAUGAGGCUGUACGACGACAACGUAUUUUAAAUUGGGAGGAAGAAGAAUUACAUACCAUAAUUGAUAAUGAAUUCAAUGAUUAUGUACGUUUACAACAGAGUUUGGCCCCACCACCCCCACCUCCAGUCUCAGAGGUUGUUGUGUUGCCAUUCACUGCCGCUUUCACAGAAGUUGCGGUUGCGAAUGAUGACCAUCCAGAAGAACAAGAAGAAGAUGAUGAGGAUGAUAUUUACGAUGCCCCUGAUAUUCCAGCACCAUUGGUAAAGUAUAAUAAUCUUACUACUGAAAGUGGUACCACCGCUGUUGCUAUUAAUGAUGAUGUUACUGAAGAGGAGGUAUACAAUACCCCAUCGGGCUGCACUGGGGAGGGUGAGGAAAUGGCUUCGGGUGAUACCAUCUUCAGUGGAUCCAUUCCAUCACUGAGUAAACCGAAAGGAGGGAGAGCCGACUUCACAUCAGGGGAGGGAACGAAUGAAGAGGAACAAGAACAAGAAGAACUAAAACCGACAACACCACAUGGACACAAGCGACGACUAGGACAAGAAAAAACUCCAGAGGAAGGAGGAGGAGAAGAAGAGGAAGAAGAAGAACAACAACAACAACAAGAGAGUCAUGAGCAAAGAAAAACUAAACUAAAACGACAACGGAAAGAGAAAAGGGUUUACACAGAUCCCUUAUCGCCACCAUCCACACCACCUGACAUUGAUGACAGUACGCUGAGUACCGAAGCUACUAUGAAUAAAACAUCUGUACUCAAUGAAUCUUCAUAA